AUGCCGAGUUCGCAUACGCCACGCGACUCCCCUGCGCGCAGGCAACGGCGACGAAGAACGCACCAGCGAACCGACAGCAACGGCGAGGUUCUCGGACGAUACGACCGGGAUCGGGAUCGGGAGGAGGAUCAUGGUAGUCCGACGAAGAGCAGACCGAGGAGGAGCCAUCAUGAACGUCGAUCGUCGAGAGCGCCAGAGUCCGAGUACACCAGCAGCAGGACGAACACCACAGCACUAUCGUCCGGCCAGCUAGCGCAACUUGACAAGCUCAAUCGCAAACUUGGCUGGAACGACUACGAGGGCGUACCGCAGACGCGACCGAGAGAGGAAGCUCAGCAUACAAGAGCCGAGUAUGAUGUCGAUCGGGAGCGCGAAAGGGAGGAGAGGGAGAUAGAGCGCGAAAGACGGCGGGAGGAACACCGGGAGCGGAAACGGCGGCGGAGAGAAGAGGAGAGGGCAGCGCUGGCUGCGGAGGAAGACAGUGUUGCGUAUGAGCAUCCCAGUAAUUACAAACACGAGCGAAGGAGAGAACGAAAUCGAGAUGGAAGACGGGUUGCAAGUGGUCAGGUUCUGGAGCGAGGCCGAGGAUCGUCAGCAUAUUACAGCGAGAAGGAGGACUAUCGCGAAGUUGUGCGGAGGCGAGAUGGCGGCAGCAGUGAUCUGGAUUACGAUGAGCAAGAGCGGAAACGAAAGCGGCGGAAGAAGAUCUUCAUUGGUGUUGGUAUAGUGAUCGUGCUACUGGCCAUCAUAAUCCCGGCGGCAGUGGUGGUAUCAGGGAAGAGCCACAACUCUUCCUCGGGCGCAGGGGGCGCUGGAGAUAAUUCAACAACGCCCGCGAACAGCAAUCUUGCAGGCAUAUCGGAAGACGACAUUCCAAAAGAUGCCCAAGGAACGAUUCUCGACCCUUUCACCUGGUACGAUACAGAUGACUUUAAUGUAACCUACACGGCCGAAACAGUCGGUGGGCUCAGCGUCAUGGGUCUGAAUAGCACAUGGGACGAUAGCACCCGCGCCAACGACCAAGUUCCACCUCUGAACGAAGAGUUCACGUACGGCACAAUGCCUAUUCGAGGUGUCAACAUUGGUGGCUGGCUCAGCAUUGAACCUUUCAUCACGCCCUCUCUUUUCUCUGGCUACACCACCCACGACAACGUCGUCGACGAAUACACGCUAACCCAGAAACUCGGACCCACAACAGCCAAGUCCACUUUGGAGAAGCACUACUCCUCCUGGGCCCAAGAGAGCACCUUCUCCGAUAUACAGGCUGCCGGCUUUGACCACGUCCGAAUACCAUUCUCAUACUGGGCCGUGACGACCUACGAUGGCGACCCUUAUGUCCCUCAAGUGUCGUGGCGCUACCUCCUCCGUGGAAUUGAGUGGGCACGCAAAUAUGGUCUCCGCAUCAAUCUCGAUCUCCAUGGUGCCCCGGGCAGUCAAAAUGGUUGGAACCACUCCGGCCGUCAAGGUACGAUAGGUUGGCUCAACGGCACAGACGGUACAACGAAUGGGGACCGCACCAUCGACAUCCACAAACAACUCUCCGCCUUCUUCACCCAGCCCCGCUACAAGAACAUCGUCACCAUGUACGGUCUCGUCAACGAGCCCCGAAUGGUAGAGCUGGACCAGAGCACAGUCCUUACCUGGACGUCCAAAGCCAUCGAUGCGGUCCGCGGGAACAACUUCACAGGCAUUGUCGUGUUCGGUGAUGGUUUCAUGGGUUUAGACAACUGGCAGGGCAAGCUCACCAAUGAGAAGAACCUCCUUCUAGACGUGCACCAGUACGUCAUUUUCAACGUCGAUCAAAUCGUCCUCAACCACCACGACAAAAUCAACUUCGCCUGCGGAGGCUGGACGCAGCAAGCCCUCCGCUCGCAAAACACUGCAACGGGUUUCGGCCCUACCCUCUGCGGCGAGUGGUCCCAAGCCGACACAGACUGUGCCCAGUACCUCAACAACGUCGGCGUCGGGUCUCGCUGGGAGGGAACGUUGAACAUGGUCUCUGGUCCUGGUGGUUCGACCGACGGCUCCGUCCUGAAUCCAACCUGCCCAACCAAGAACAACCCGCAGUGUUCCUGCGACGGCGCCAACGCCGAUCCCGGCAGCUGGUCAGAUGAAUACAAAAAAUGGCUUCUGCUGUUCGCGGAGGCGCAGAUGCACUCUUUUGAGCAAGGGUGGGGAUGGUUUUAUUGGACGUGGCAGACGGAGAGUGCGGCGCAGUGGAGUUAUAAGGCUGGACUGGCGGCGGGGACGAUGCCGAAGGUGGCGUAUACGAGGGACUUUGAUUGUAGUCAGGAUAUACCGCAGUUUGAGGGAUUGCCGGAGAAUUAUUAG